CACGUCACCACCACCGACAACAAGAUAGGAGGACCUGCAGUGCCGAGCCGGGCCCGCCAGCACAUAUCAGGGGCGUCGUUACCAGCCCUCCCCACUCGCCGAGCAGCAGCGCCAGCGUGCAGAACAUCGAGCCCUCCAUCGACUCCGUCUCCUCGAACAGUCACUCGAAAGACAUCACCAUGCAGUACCUUCCCAGCACCUUCUUCGGGGUGCCCUUCAUCCACCCCUUCAAGAGGAACCUUCAGGCCGGUAGCAUGGUCGCCAUCUACGGCGUCGUCCUCCCCGGUGCUGACAGGUUCGUGCUGAACCUCCAGACGGGCCCGAACGACGGCGACGACAUCGCCCUGCACCUGUCGUUCCGCUUCCCCGAGGGGCUGGUGGUCCUCAACACCCUCCAGGGCGGCGGCUGGCAGCACGAGCAGCGCCACCACUCGCUGCCCGUCGCGCACGGACAGCACUUCCAGAUGCUCGUGUACGUCCAGCACGACAGCUUCAAGAUUGCCUUCAACGGACAGCACUUUGCCGACUUCCACCACCGCAUGCCCCUGGAGAUGAUCUCUCACGUGGGCGCGGAGGGCGAGGUUCACGUCAACAACGUGACCGGCGUCCGCCUCCCCUACGAGCCCGACAACGUAGUCAACAGCCCGCCGAUCCCGCUCGUGAUGAACUCCGGCCCCAUCUUCCCCGGCCGCCUGAUCCGCAUCCGCGGCACGGUGCCGCACGACGCCUACCGCUUCACCAUCAACCUGAUGGACGGGCCCGACCACGAGCACAACGACAUCCCCUUCCACGCCUCCGUGCGGCCCAACUCGAGCGAGUUCCUGGUGGAGCUCAACAGCCAGCGCAACGGCGGCUGGCAGAACGGCCACCAGAUCAGGCCGUGCCCGAUCCGCCCGGGCCAGGCCUUCGAGAUGCUGGUGCUGGUCGACAUGGACAACUACAAGAUUGCCUUCAACGGCCAGCACUUUGCCGAGUUUGCCCACCGCUUCCCCAUCGAGUCAGUAAACUAUUUCCGCAUCGACGGCUCUGUGAACAUCAGCAAGGUGAGCUUCGAGGGCCACCGCCGCGACAGCGCCUUCGACUUCAUCCCCGUGCCUCCGCCCGCCAACGACUACUUCCACCCGCACGCGUACGAGGCCGUCGGCAACCACUUCGUGUUCGCCAACCCCUACCCCACCUUCUAGCCCAACUAAGAAGCGCAUGGCCACGGUCAAAAGAAGUAGAAUCGGGAUUUUUAAAGAAUGCCAGUGCUACUCUUCCUACCGCUGUAUACCUAACGUAAAGGCGUAGCGUGCCACAAGACUGAUCGCCUCCCAUUUGUACUGUAAAGUGUCCAAAGCUAUGAGAUUUUUUUUUUUAAUUUAUGGUACAAGCGAGAAGAGAAAUAAGCGUGAAUUUUGACUCGCCCUUGCCAAAAAUGUCAUGUGUCCGUUUUUGUAAAAGAUUUUUUUAAACAAAUAAACUGUUUUGUUACCCUAA